AUGAGCGACGAUUCACGGAUAAAAGAAGCUCAGCAAUGUAUUCAGAAGGCUGAAAAGCUUUUAAAGACAUCUAUUUGGCAGCUGAAAACAAAACCUGAAUACGACUUGGCGGCUUACGAGUUUGACAGAGCCGCAAUCUGCUACAAGAACGCUGGACAGUUGGAUAAAGCUGUGGAAAUGUACAUUAAAUCAGCCGAUUGCCAUCACAAUAACAACAACAGGUUUCAUGAGGCCAAGUAAGUUAUUUGGUUUGUUGUUUGUUUUUAGAAAACAACAAAAAAAAUGUAAAUUUAGGUAUCUAAAUAGACCUAUUCCGUGCUGUUUUAUUAAAAAAGAACUUAAAUAUCAGACAUUAGACUAUUUUAUAUCUCUGACACUGUUAUUUCAAAUUCUUAUUUAGCAUUAUGCCUAAUAAACGUUUUUUAACAGCUAUAUUCUUUUAGAUCGAAAGAACAAGCAGCGAUGAUGGCAAAAGAAGGAAACCUGAUUGAUGAAGCUACGAAGUUGUUUGAGGAAAGUGCUCAACUUUACCUAGAAGCCAAUUCAUGGGAUACGGCAUGUCAAGUGAUUGAAAAGGCUGGCAAAAUCCUGGAAGGAGUUGAUUUAGACAAAGCGUGUGCAUUGUACGAGAAGGGAAUCAAAAUUGUGACAGAAGCCGAUAGGUCCAAAAGUGUGAUCAGUUUGUCACAAAGGCUGAUUGGACUGUUGUUACGACAAAAGAAAUACAGUGAAUCUCUGAAAGUCUCUCGAUCCUUGAUUGAAACCUUAAAAGAAGUUGAUAAUGGCAAAGUUGGCAUGAUUGGCUUGGGAAUGGUGAUUAUAUCGCUUUUGAACGGAGAUUCUAUUGCUGCUCGACAAUGUUUGGGAUAUUUGCAAGAGUAAGUUAUUGCUUUUGAGUGUCGUAAGAUUGGGUUUUCUUUUUAAAUUGUAAUAACAACUAACUACUGUAAUAUGUUUUUUUUGGAAAACAAAGUGAGCUAUAACAAGUAAUGUAAUUGUUUCAGAGAUGACAAGUUUGCUCUGGAAAACCAAGCUGGCCAAGCUUUGAUUGUAAGAUACGAAAAAGGCGACGACGAAGGGCUUCAGGAGGCUUUAAGGUCUGGUGUUAUCAGGGCUAUGGACAAUCAUUACCUGAGGAUAAUAAAGGACUUGCGGGCUCCAGAAUCUGAGUUUGAAGUUGCUGGUGGCGGUGCCGCUAAUGACGAUGAUGAAGAUGAUCUCCGAUAG